GCAAGCACCGGUCGUAGCCGUUCGUUUUCGUCAUAACGGAAGCUAUCGUCCGAAGUAGAUCAAUCCCUUUUUUCCCGUUCAUCGUUCAGCGUUUUUGAAGAUCAGGAAACAGCACACAGUGGGGCAACAACACUUAAUCGAUUGAACCUCCGAUCGUCCGCGGAACACAAAACGGGCCCGAUUCUUCGUCGCCGCGGCCUGCUUGUGUUUUGUUAUUGUUCCGUCUGACAACUGCGUCCAUGUCCACGUGUCCCCACCAUGGAAAUGUCCGAGCUGUCCGUGUUGCAAUUCCCGGAGGAAAUCGUUCAGCCUUUUACACUGAGCUGUGUCGACAACGCGCUGACCGUGUGCACGAAAGAGCACACGCUCGUGCUGCAACUCAAAUACCGGCACAUUGCCGAAGAAGCCACAAUGAACUAUGAAAUGACGCGCGUGAAAUGCUCGACGGAGCGUCCGACGGGCCGGUUGCUAGCAAACGAAAUCGCACUGUACGGGGCCAGCAAUGGCGAGGAACGGAAGCGUAUCAUGCUCGAUCAGACGCUCUUCCCCAACACGGCCAAAGUUUACGUCGGCAACGUACAGUCUUGGCUUUCACCCCGUGGUACAUUUACCGACAUUCCGGACGAACAGCUGCUGGCGAAUCUCACCAACAUGGGCCAGCUUACCGUUUACCGUCAGGAUGCGGUGUGGCCUUUGAAUUGGAACGUACACGCCAACGUUUCGGAAUGUUGGCUGCAGUACAUCUACGACAAUCGAAACCUCGAAACGUUCGAGGAGCUUCGCCGAAUGGCGGACGAAGUGUUGAUCACGUGUUUCUGCUGGGCGGACCAGGUGCACCGACAUCCGGUGCAGUUCUGCUUCGGUACCCGACGGGGGAAGAUUGUGCUGUGCCAUCUUUUCCCGGGCUCCGAUCAGCAGAUCGUGCAUGUGCACCAGGCAGAAGAAACGGCAGUUCUGUUGAAACACGUCACGGUAAGCACCGAGGAAUGUCUGUUGGUGGCCGGCAUGCAGAGUGGUCAAAUUGGGCUGUACCACUUCCGCAGUGCACAGCAAACGGUCGGCUUCAAACGCAUCGCCAAACUGUUUGAACAAGACUUGCCCGCCUCAGCCAUCGAGUUUGAGGUUGAUCACGCAAAGCGCCUUCUGCUGCUACUCGUAGUAAAAGGUACUCACCUGCUGGCAAUUCAGACCACCUUUGAUGGUAGAGUCGUCGCUAGUACCACACUGGAUCUGGAAAACUUUAUGAUCACAGGACUGCAACAACUGGAAGAGCGUCAAUACGUCGUCUGUACGAUGCCGGGGGCCAAGUUCCUGGUUAUCGUUAGCGCAAGCAAUCUUGCGAUGCAGAAAAUGGAAAUUAAACAUGAUCUCAACGUUGACUCGUACGCCCUGUACGGGCUAGCCGCCACGCGCACCCGCUCCUGCUGGAUGGUUCUCGGAUAUCCUUCGAAGCGCUUCGACCACCUAACGCUGCGCUUCCCGACCUCCUUGUUUUUCGUGAAAUUUAAGGAACGUAACGCAAUGAACGCACUACUGAUGAACAAUUCUCGCCAGCUUGCCGAAUAUUACGACGCCGCCGAAGUGGUACGCUUCGAUACCCAUCGCAAUCAGGAAUCGUUGAACAAAAUGGAACAGUAUUUGACGGAAACGGAGGUACCGAAUCAGACGGACCCGUACCUCCUGAAGCUCCAGCUGGUGCUGCUUGGUGCGAAGAUUGCCUACAACAAGAAGCGUAACAUGAUCGUAACGGAAAUCCUGCACAAUCAGUUUCAGUACAUCUGCACCAUUCUGGAGGUGAUUGGAGCCUGCCGGGUGCUGAACUAUCUUUCCGAGCUGGCAAGCGAAAACUUAGAACCACUCAACACACUGCAGCAAAUGUCGAUUCGAUGUUUGCGCCGCUUCAUACGCACCAUCCUGGACGACACGUUUCCCGGUGACUACGAGUAUCUUCACACCAACGUUAAACCGCAGCUACAGAGCGUCCUGCAGCGAACGGAUCGUGUCUACACGGCCGACGUCGUCGAAGAAACGUGUUCGUUCUGCGAUGCACCGAUCGUACAGAGCAAGGGCACCUGCCACGAUGAACAUCCCGUGUUUCGCUGCCAGGUGACGAAGUUACAGAUCCCAAUCGAUGCUGUUGAAGUCAACUGCCGUAUGUGCCAG